AAUCUGAAACGGUAAAACUAACCGUGUGGAGUUUUAUCAUGAUUUCAUGAUUACAUCCCUAGUUUCAGCACAGCCUAAAAUUAAAUUGAUACGGAUGCAGUUGUUUAGUAUAGAUGAUAUGCAAUUGUUUUUUUGUUUUGUUUUUUGUUUUAUAUGAAGGUAAUUAUUAAGUCUUAAUUAAUAAAGACCAUUCUUCAGUAAAUUUCCACAGAGCUUCCUCCUCUGGUGGGCAGAACCGGUGACAUUUAAGAGCGUAUAAAUGCAAAAUUGUUGAAAAAGUGAAACUAGACUGACAACUGUUCAGUCGUCUGAAGAUCAGCACUGCAGUAUUUAGUUAGGAUAAGAACAGACAAGAAGACAAUGGCUAGUAAUGUGCGUCACAGAGGAUCUCGUGUCUCCAGUCAGCCUUCAAAUGAUGCAGAUGUAGAAGUGCCACUGCAGAAUAUUACCCUUAAUGGCGAUAUUAAGAUUGUCCUCCUGGGAAAAACUGGAGUAGGGAAAAGUUCAACAGGAAAUACCAUCCUGGGAGAAGAAAAUGCAUUCAGAUGUGGAAGACAGCUAUCCCCUGUAACAAGGAAUUCUGAAUGUAAGACAAGAGUGGUUAAUGGUAGAUCUGUGUCUGUCAUUGACACUUCUGGGUUUUUCAUUCCUAACCUUCCCAAGGAGCAGUUAUCAGAGGAGUUUGCAAGGAGUGUGUGUCUCUCUGGACAAGGUGUUGAUGUGUUUUUAUUCGUUGUGCCAUAUGGAAGGUUCACAGAGCAGGAGGAAGAGAUAUUGAAACGAGUGCAAAAGGUUUUUGGUAAAGAUGUGUUGAAGCAUGUAAUAAUUCUCUUCACGUAUGGCGAUGAAUGUGACCAAAUGAAUAUGCAGUCAGAGAUAGAUGAAAAUGAUGUUAUCAGAAGAGUCAUAGACAGAUGUCAGGGGUAUCAUGUGCUCAACAACAGAGGGCUGAAUGACAGAGAGCAGGUCAAUGAUCUACUGCUGAAGAUUGACAGAAUGAUAGAGCGGAAUGGAUGCUACACGAAUGAGAUGUAUAAGUGGGCACAAAUGUGGCCAUGGGAAAAAUUCUGGAAAAUAUUCAAGGAAUAUUUUUGUGCUGUUAUGGACUACUUCUCUGGAAAAGCAAAAAGUCUUAUGAUGUCCAUUGAAGAAUUCAUAACUCAUACCAACAAAAAUGAUUAUACAAGAUGAAACAACAUGAACAAAAUAAAUGAAAAAUGAUUAUUAAAAGCUAAAUUCUGAUGUAGAUAAUUAUGCUCUCCUAUUUGUAACUUUAGGUUUGUAACUUCUGAUUACAUCUUAAAAUCAAUAAAUUUGACUCAACACUUAAACAAUGACUUUCACCACACACAGUGAAACAUUUAAGCUGUAUUGUAAGAUUUAAUUGAUUGCUUGUGCUAAAGGUAAAACCAGAGAAUAUAUUCAGCCUUGGGUGAAAAAAACAAAAAAACUUGUGCUUAAAUUUAGUAAUACGUGUAAUGUAUUAUACCUACAUGUUUCAUACAUUAAUAAAACUCUUGAUUUACAAAACACUUUGUUUGA